AUAGAAAGCACAGCGUGUGCGAGUUCUGCGCUGCGGGGCCUGCAGAAGAGGAGCAUGUCAACGGAGCCAGGGGAGCCAACCUGCAUGGCGGGGGGGUGCUCUUCUCUGACACCCACCAGACCUCGGAUGGGAAGGUCAUGGCCGUGGGGGCUGUUGAAGCCCACCUCUAUGCGCUCUUUCUGAAAGGACUCUGCCUCGACCCUUCCAAACUCCCUAAGCCGCUGAGUUCGCCAGACUGGCCCCGGAGGAAGACCCUCUUUGCAGACAUCCUUGCCAAGGAGACGCAAACCGAAUGGUGCAAGGUCUUUGGAAAGCUGGGCCCUUGUGUGACCCCUGUUUUGACAGCCGAGGAUAUUUCUCAACUUGUAAAGGAGGUGAUGGGUACUUCUUUUAUCUCAGAUCAGCUGCAUGUGUGGCCCCCGUGCCAGUUCCAUUUUUUCCCCAAAUCCCUUGCUUCUGUCCCUUCCACGCAGAGUGUGGUCUUAGGAGAAAUUUUCAGAGGAUGUGGGUUUAGCAAAGAAGAAAUAGCCGAGCUCCAUGUUUCGGGCAUCAUUAAAAGCAGUGAGUCAACGGCGAAUCUGUAACAUAGAACUGUCAAAUGCACCUGUUUUGUUAAGUAACCCAGGGAGCUUAGGCAGGUGUGUAUGAUCUGGGGAAAUCAUGAGUGCUUUCUAUUCGGGAGAGUUCCUUCCCAUGUUAAGAUGAAACCUCAUCUGCUCAGAAAAUUUAAAGAAUGCUGGCAUGUAUGAGUUGUCAGCCUUCAAUAAUUCUUAUACCGUGGACUGUACAUGUAGUGUCAUGACUGAUUAUAAUCCAAAUCAGGGUUAUAUGUGAUAGGUAUUACGCCUAAAGUCAUUUUAAAAUAUUGUCUCAUGCAUGGAAGAAUGGGACAGAGUGUG